ACCUCCGAACGUUCUCUUUUGGUGAAUUUUGUGAAAGCAAGGAUGUCUCACAGAAAGUUUUCUGCCCCUCGUCAUGGUUCCAAAGGUUUCUUGCCUCGUAAGCGAUGCAAACGUCAUCGUGGUAAGGUCAAGUCCUUUCCCAAGGAUGACAAGUCCGCACCACCUCAUCUGACAGCAUUCAUGGGCUUCAAGGCUGGAAUGACACAUGUGUUACGUGAAGUUAACAGACCUGGUUCUAAAAUUCACAAGAAGGAAGUUGUCGAAGCUGUUACAAUUGUGGAAACACCACCCAUGAUAAUUGUGGGCAUUGUGGGAUACAUUGAAACUCCCCAUGGCCUCCGCCCGUUGACAACAGUAUGGGCUGAGCAUUUGAGUGAAGAAUGUCGCAGACGUUUCUAUAAGAACUGGUGUCGCUCAAAGAAGAAAGUCACCAAAGCAUGUCGUAAAUGGGGUGAUGACGAAGGCAAAGAAAGCAUUGAUAAGGAUCUGGAACGAAUGAAAAAGUAUUGUAAAGUGAUUCGUGUCAUAGCACAUACCCAGCAAAAACUGAUCAAAUUGCGUCAAAAGAAAGCUCACGUAAUGGAGAUUCAGGUGAAUGGAGGUGAUAUUGCUGAGAAAGUGGACUGGGCCAAGGAAAGAUUGGAAAAUCCAGCACCAGUCUCCAAGGUUUUCAGCAAAGAUGAAAUGAUUGAUGUGAUUGGUGUUACAAAAGGAAAAGGCUUUAAAGGUGUCACAUACCGUUGGGGUACCAAGAAAUUGCCUCGUAAAACCCAUAAAGGUUUAAGAAAAGUAGCUUGUAUUGGAGCAUGGCAUCCAGCAAGAGUUUCAUUUGCUGUGGCUCGUGCUGGUCAAUGUGGUUACCAUCAUAGGACUGAAAUGAAUAAAAAGAUUUAUCGUGUUGGUGCUGGUAUUCAUACCAAAGAUGGUAAGGUGAUAAAGAACAAUGCUGCCACUCCAUUUGAUAUUUCUGACAAGAGCAUUACACCAAUGGGUGGCUUCCCACAUUAUGGUGAAGUAAAUGAAGACUUUUUGAUGUUGAAAGGAUGUGUUGUUGGUCCAAAAAAGCGUGUGUUAACACUAAGGAAGUCACUACUUGUGCAGACAAGUCGUAAAGCAACUGAGGAGAUUAAUCUAAAACUCAUUGACACUUCCUCUAAGUUUGGUCAUGGUCGCUUCCAGACUGAAGAAGAAAAGAAGGCUUUCAUGGGUCUGUUGAAGAAGGACAAGGAACGUGAAGAAGCUGUCGAAGUUUAAGACUGAUGAUAGUUCUCUUCACAAAAAAUAAAUUGUUUGAAAGCUCA